CAAACAAGAAAGGAAGCUUUGACAAAAUGCUUGCUGAUGGAGCCAAUGCACAGAACAAUGCCAUAACUCAAUCUUCUGGAAAGGCUGCUGUGUCAAUGGCUGCAACUAAUCUUAAUAUUGGAAUGGACUUGUGGAAUGCAUCUUCUGCAGAAGCUGAUGCUCCAAAACUGAGAAACAAUCAACCUGCCCCAGGAGCUGUCAACCCUCCUACUAUAAUGGGAUGUGAAGUUGCACUUGGUGAACAGUGGAUACAAGACGAACGUGACCUGAAGAGACAGAAAAGAAAACAGUCUAACAGAGAAUCAGCUAGGAGGUCAAGACUACGCAAGCAGGCUGAGUGCGAGGACUUGCAAAAGAAGGUGGAACUGGGAAACGAGAGCCAGACUCUGAGAGAAGAACUUCAGAGAGUAUCAGAAGAAUGCGAGAAGCUUACAGCUGAAAAUAAUUCCAUCAAGGAAAAGUUGGAAAGGUUAUGUGGACCAGAAGCAGUUGCCAGCCUCGAAUAAAUCACCUUUUUGUUAUCUUCAUUAUAAGGAAACCCC